AUGAGCAACUCCGACCUACCUCCGCAACACUCCAAGGAGCUCGCAGCCGCACGGACUCACACAUGGUCGCACGAAAAGGACGACCGAUGGACGGCGGUGGACCAGUACGCGAUUAAACAUCUGCACCCGCCCGGCUCUGCCAACUACGCAGCCAUCAACUACGCCAUCCAACUGGCCGAGGAGAAGCAACUUCCCAGCAUCGAAGUCUCCCUUCUUCAAGGCAAAUGGCUCCAGACACAGUGUCAGCUGAUUGACGCCCGGCACGUACUCGAAGUUGGCACGCUUGGCGGGAUUAGCAGUAUCUGGCUCGGAACUUCGAGUUCGCGGGUGCGCGUGACCACGAUUGAGAUUGCGCCGGAGCGGAAGGCGGUGGCGGAGCAGGCCAUUGCCCACGCGGGCCUGAGCGAGCGGGUGGAAGUAAUGCUCGGGGCGGGAAUGGACGUGUUACCAAAGCUGCGACAGGAAGUGGCGAGAGGCGAGCGAUCCAAGUUCGACUUGGUCUUUAUCGACGCCGAUAAGCCGAAUAACCUCAACUAUUUCAACGAGGCCAUCCAGAUGGUGCGCUCACGCGGGUGCAUUAUUGUGGACAACGUGGUGCGGAGGGGACGGGUGGCGGACGACGAGCUGGCUAAGACGGACAGUCAGGUGGAGGGGGCGAGGAGGGUGAUUGAGGGCGCCGGGGCCGAUGAGCGGGUGCUGGGCCAUACGCUGUUGCAGACGGUGGGGGAGAAGAACUACGACGGCAUGCUUAUCUGUGUUAUCAAAUAG